AUGUCAAAUUUUUUUAGAAAACUAGUUAAAAAAGAAAAGGAUCCAAAUAGUCCAAAGAAUAUUAGAAGGUCAUCACCAAAAAUUAAAAGAAGUUUAAAUGACAGUGACUCAAAUAUUGAUAGUCCAUAUGGAGAUGGAUCAACGCCACCAUAUGAAAGAAGAGGUGAACCAAAUCCAAAUGAACCAGAUGUUGAAACUACUGAAGAAGAAUUAGAAAAUAUUAAUUUUGGUCCAGAAGGUGAUGCAGAUAAUGCUCCAGAAGAUAAAAAAUCAUUAUGGAAGAAAGUUAGUGGUUUAGUUGGUAAAGAUCCAAUGUCAUUGGUAUCUCUUCCUGUUUAUUUCUUUGAACCUUUAACAGUUUUAGAAUGUCAAAUAGAACCAUUAAGAUUUGUAGAGUUAAUUGAAAAGGCUUCAGAGUGCACAGACUCUAUUGAUAGAUUAAUGUAUAUUACUGCCUUUAAUGUUGCUGUCUUUAGUUCAUAUGUUAGAACAGCAAAACCAUUUAAUCCAUUACUAGGUGAAACUUAUGAAUAUAUUGACAAACAAGGUAGAUAUAAAUCUUUUUGUGAACAAGUUAGUCAUCAUCCACCAAUUGGUAUAGCUCAAACUACCUCUCAACUAUUUGACCUCCAACAAGAAUCAUGGAUCACUACUAAAUUCUGGGGAAAUAGUUUAGAUGUUUUCAGUCGUGGUCAAAACCAUUUGUAUUUAAAUAAAACCGGUGAGCAUUAUACAUGGAAAGUGCCAUCAUCAAUCUGUCAUAAUAUUAUCUUUGGUAAAAUGUGGAUCGAACAUUAUGGUGAACUUACAGUAGAAAACCAUAACACUGGAGAAAAAGCAAUUAUCAAUUUCCAAAAAUCCGGUUGGUUCGAAGGUACCCAAAAGAAAAUAAGUGGUGGUAUUUUUGAUGCUCAAGGUAAUACCGUUGUUAAUGUAACAGGUAAAUGGGACAAAUAUGUUAAAGCAAAAAAAGUUUCUGAACAACAACGUAAAGGCUCAUCUGAGAUUACAUUAUGGGAAGCUAUAGUCGAACCACCUGAAAAGAUUAAUAAGUGGAAGCAUGGAUCAUGGAUCCAAUCACUAAAUGAAAGAACCAAAGAGUAUGAAGAGGUUCUUCCAAAAUCAGACUCAAGACUACGUAUGGAUAGAAUCUAUUUAGAAAAAGAAGAAAACAAAUUAGCAAACAAGGAAAAGAAUAGAAUUGAAGAAAAAGAAAGAGCAAAGAGAAGAGAACGUGAAGUUCGUGGUGAGACUUGGCAACCAGUAUACUUUAAGAAAAGAGAUGACAGUAAAUAUGGUUACCGUUGGGACUUUAAUGGUAAAUACUGGGAUGAAAGGGAUAAAAGAGUUGAUAGUGUUAUCUCCUCUAAAUCUGGCGAUCCAAAUUUCAAUGCAGAUCUAAUUCCAGAAUAUGACGAUUCCAAAUUAAAUAUUAAUGUUCUAAGUCAAAGAAAACUAAGUAGAGACUUAACAAAUACAAGCACCCCAGAUGCAACCAGACACAGCACCAAAAUAGCUACCUUAAACAAAGAAUCUCAUCCACCAACCAUUAAAGAAAAUUUCGAAGAGGAAGAUGUCACAACAACCACUACAACCACUACAACCACCACAAAUGAUAAAGGUGAAUUAAUAUACUCUGAUAAAAACCAAGCUAAAUUAAAAUCAUUCAAAGAAGAUUCAAAAUCUCAUACCUAUAUUUAUUCAAGUCCAACAAUUGGUCAUGGUUCAAGAUAA